AUGAUUUCACGAUCCCGUUCUCUCAUUCCUUCACACCACAAAACCCCUUCACUCUUCUCACUCUUUUCUUCUUCUUCUUCUUCACCAACAUCACCCUCAUAUCCAAACACAAACAACAAAGACAGUAUCAUCCUCUCAAGAUUCCAGCACAAAGACUGGCUAACCUCAAACCAAGCAACAACCCUAAUCAACUCCCUUACCAACCCUUCUUCCGCCCUAACCCUCUUCCAUCUCUAUUCCAUCCGCAAAGACUACAACCCUACCCAACCCUUCUGCCUCUCCCUCAUCACUAAACUAGCCCAGGCCCAACUAUUCGGCCCAAUUGAUACCCUUCUCAAUUCCCUCAAAACCCAACAAAAAAACACUUUCACCGAAGACUUCUUCUUCACACUCAUUAAACUCUACGCCCACAAAGCCCAACGAAUCGAUAAAGCCCUAGAAAUACUCUUCAACAUGCCCAAUUACGGAUCAUGGCCCAGCCCAAAAACAUUCAACUUCGUUCUUAAUCUCUUAGUCAACACUAAACUAUACGACGCCGUUUUCAACCUCUACGCUUCAUCUUCAAAACUCGGCGUGGAAAUCGACGCUUGCUGUCUCAACAUUUUAAUCAAAUGUUUGUGCAAACAAAGCGAGUUAAACGCUGCGUUUAAACUGUUCGACGAAUUUCCCAAAUUAGGUCUUCAACGAAACGAAAAAACUUAUUCAACCCUAAUGCACGGGUUAUGCGAAAAGGGAAUGGUCGAUGAAGCUUUUGAAUUGUUGGAGAGAAUGAAAAGUGAGAAAAUUUGCGUUGAUGUUGUGGUUUUCAAUGUUUUGAUUUGUGGGUUGAGGAGAAAAGGGGAAAUUGAUAAAGCGAAAGAGGUUUUGGAAAUUGUGAUGAUGAGGAAUGGGUGUUACCCUAAUGAAAGUUCUUAUCAACAUGUUUUGUAUGGUUUGAUUGAAUUGAAGAGAUUUUGUGAAGCGAAAGAGGUUGUUGAGAAAAUGGUUGCUAAGGGUUUUGUUCCUAGUUAUGAUUCUUAUAAAGGUUUGAUUUUGGGGUAUUGUAAAGAGGGGUUGGUUGAGGAAGUUGAGUGGGGUGUUAAGGGUAUGGUUAGGAUGGGUUUUGUUCCUAGGAUGGGGAUGUGGAGACAGAUUGUUAAGUGUCUUGUUGUUUCUAGAGAUGUUUCUCUUUCUUUUGAUGGAAUUUUGGAUCAUUAA